GCACAAGUAUCUAUAUUCUCGCGCUUGUGAACCGAUCAAUACUCGACGAGUUUCGUCCGGCUUGGGAGUAAGAGAAACACAUCGUGGCUUGUGCGAUCGCGUACGAGUGCACGCACGAGGUUCGACUCUUCGAAUAUGUCAAAGAAAUAGAAUUGCGUCGAAAGAACAAUCGUCGAAAUGUCGACGAACUGUUCCUCCCGUUCUUCCGGAUGGAGCGCGAUGACGGAGUGUCGAGUGCUUUUCAAUGGGCUAUAUGCGUUUCCCUGUUGAGCGACUAGAUAUAUCCGGAUAAACCGAAAGAGGUAUUCUUGUUAGAGAUAUUUCAAGAUUUCUCAUAUUUCUGGAUCGUCGCCUUCGCUUCGUCGAUCGAUUAACAAAGAUGAAGAGGCAGAACGUGAGGACUCUCUCGCUGGUAGUGUGUACAUUUAUUUACCUUUUGAUCGGUGCUGCGGUGUUCGACGCACUGGAAUCGGAUACUGAAAGAAAACGUCGAGAAUUUCUAUCGGAUAUACGUCGUAACAUGAUGAAAAAGUACAACAUCACCGAGGAGGAUUAUCGUAUGGUGGAGAUCGUAAUAAUCGAAAAUAAGCCUCACAAAGCGGGUCCUCAAUGGAAAUUCGCUGGUGCCUUCUACUUUGCUACGGUUGUUCUCGCUAUGAUCGGCUAUGGACACUCCACUCCGGUCACUAUAGGCGGCAAGGCCUUUUGCAUGGCGUACGCCAUGGUGGGCAUUCCUCUUGGCCUGGUAAUGUUUCAAAGCAUCGGCGAGCGUCUCAACAAAUUUGCCUCCGUCGUUAUCAAACGAGCAAAGAUUUACAUGAGAUGUCAAAAGGUCGACGCCACGGAGAUGAACCUGAUGCUGGCCACCGGAUUGUUAUCCAGUAUAAUAAUUACCACCGGUGCCGCAGUGUUCUCGCGUUACGAGGGUUGGAGUUACUUCGAUAGCUUCUAUUAUUGUUUCGUGACGUUAACCACCAUCGGUUUCGGGGAUUACGUCGCUCUGCAGAACGAUCAAGCACUUUCGAACAAGCCGGGAUACGUCGCCUUAAGUCUGGUGUUCAUUUUAUUCGGUCUGGCAGUGGUGGCCGCUAGCAUAAAUCUCCUCGUUCUUCGUUUCAUGACAAUGAAUACCGGCGACACGCGUCGGGAAGACAACGAAUUUCAAUUGGCGUCCGAUCACGUCUUGACCUUGGACGGCGAGGUAGUUGCCGUGAACGGCAAACUUUUGGCCGGUCACGUGCCUAUAGUACACGAUACGGACGACUGCGUCAGCGUGUGUUCGUGUACGUGUCUUGGACCGGCCAAUUCCGAACUGUUGGAUUCUACGGGAUAUCAAGGUUACAGACCACCUUCGACCACGGCGAGCUUUCGCGUUAAGCGCGCAUCCGUCUGAUGGAAGGAGUUUCGUCGUCGUAGUCUACGUCGUCGGCUUUCCAAGGCCGACAGCAGGGAACUCCUCGGUAUCGAUGUUUGAAGGCGAGAGAAGAGACGAAUGAAGCAAACGACGAGUACAGAACACUGCCAAAGGACAGAUAAAUUCAACGGACCGAUAAUCUCGAAAGAGGCCGAUCCGGAAUGAAAGACUCGUUCGAAGAAAUCCUUUAUACGCGAAUUUCGCGAUUCGGCUUACUUCGAAGAUCCGUGAACUUUUUUGGGUGAACCGUUGGAAGUAAGGUCCGAUAUUCGAUAUUUAUCAACCUUCUAUGAACCCGUUUUACGUGUACGAUUCUAUUUAAUGGAUAUUCCGUGUACACUACGGACUGGCUCGCUCGGAGAUCGUAUUUUUCUAUGCGAUUUGUAAUUAAACUCGAUAGUAAACUUAAGUAUACCGCAAGACUGACCCAGCGAUACAAAAUUGUUGAAUCGAAACGAGAACCAAGUUAAACAUCGGUGGCCGUUGAUGGCGUACGAAGGAUCUCCAUCCUAUAGGAUAUUUUCGGUAUGUUUGUAGCGUAUGUUCGCGUUGUCCAAAGUCAAGUCUUCGUAAAUAUUUAUUACACUUACAUCGUUAUCGCAUUAUCCAUUGCGUACACGUCGUAGAACGGCUAAAAAAAUAUCUCGUUUAGAUUAUAAAGAUUCACGGAGGCAUGCACUUACGAUACGCUUAUUCUAUGCGCGCUUAAUGCGCGUUUGUAUAUAAGAUGUUAAUGAAAUCGAUCUUAUUAUAUCGAUGUUAAUGGAAUACGUGAAUAGAAAAAAGACUUUUUCCCCUUUAAAACGGUCUUGGUUUCGAGUCUCUACGAUAUUUCGUUGCCAAGAUAUCGGCUUCGAAAGAUUUCUCAUUCGUAAUUCAUUAACCAACCGCGCUCAACGUAGCGAACUAGUAGUAGCAAUGCUGGUCUGGUGGUGGUGGUGGUGGUGUAGUAGUAGUAGUAGUACCGUACGGGCCGUUUACGUCGACAGCUGACUCUCGUAAUUUCGUGCGUAAAUUCCAAGAACUUAUGUGGGUCACUGGGUCAAUGCCCGUUUUAGGAAAAUUAUAUAGGUCAAUGGAUCGACGUAAAGAGCAUUUAUGCGAUAUCUCUGGAACUAAAGGUCGUAGGGACAUCGAACGAAUACCGUUUUAAAGGGCAAAUUUUUUACUAUUUUCUCGCCAUAUUUUUACUAAAAACAAUCUCUUAUAAACAAUUUGUUAUUAACAAUUUUCAUAAACAAUUUCGCGGAGCAGAUUUUUUUUUUUCGUUUCUUUUGCUACGUCAUGACGUCAAUGAACGUUCAACGGUACGUUCGAAGCAAUUUUUCAUCAACAAUUUGCAUAAACAAUUUGUUAUACGAAUUAUUUAUCGUACGAAUGAUUCCGCACAACAGAUCUUUUUAACAUCCUUUGUAACAUCGAUAACGAUUAUUCGACGAUACGGUCAAGGAGAUUCGUUAUUAACGAAGAGCCAUUUGUUAUUAACAAUUUUCGUAAAGCAUGUUUCGAAGCAGACCUUUUUCUAUUCCUUUUUCCACGUUCGUAAUGAUCACUUAGAAGCAAAUUUGUUUUAUAUUAAGAGCCAUUCGUCGAAACAACUUGUUUCUAACAAUUUGCAAAAACGAUUCGUCAUAUAAAUAAUUUGCAUAAAUAAUUUCACAGAGCAGAUUUUUUUUUUUUCUAUUUCCUUUGUAACACCGACAACGAUGAUUCAACGAUGAUACCGGUUAAAGCGAUUUGCUAUUAACGAAAAGUCAUUUGUUAUCAACGAUUUUCAUAAACAAUUUUUCGCAGCAAAUCUUUUCCUAUUUCUUUUCUCUACGUUGCUAGUCGUUUGGCGACAUGAUAAAGGAAAAAAAAAUUUUUUUUACAACUAUAAAACAUAAACAAUUUACAAUCAAUAAUUUUGAUAAGUGAUUUUGCAGAGCAAAUCUUUUUAUCGCUUCCUUUGUAACACCGACAACGAUUAUUUUCGCGUUACGCCCAUUUUUUUUUUUUUUUUUAUGAAUAAUUCGUUACGAACAAUAUAUCGUAGUUACGGAUUCCUUUAAAAUUAAGACUGCAUGCUCCGUGCAGUUUAAUCUCAUAGGGCGAAUAAAAAGGUAUAAAGAGAAAAUCGAAGAUGGAGGACUUUCGUGCGGAAAAGGAGGAGAGAUCCUUCUGUUACUAUUAACGACCAUCGAUGUACAAGGACGACAACCCGACCAGAACGAGUCGGGGGAAAGUUAAGUCGGUGCGAUUGAAACUAUUGUUAAUAAAACGAAUGACUGAAAGUAUAGAAAAAGAAUUUAUAACGAUGUCACACGUUUUUCUUGUAUCGUUGAUAAUUCUGCAAUAAUUACUCGGGAGUUAUAAACGUCCAUGCAGAGUGCUACAUAUGCGUAUAUUUUUUAAAUGUUGAACGUGUAAUAAUAAAUAAUGAUUACCGACGUGUCUCACGAGAA